CGAUGAGGAAGCCGCCCCGCCGGCUCUUGGCCCUGGGUUCCUGCCUCUUCUUCUGCUCCCUUCUCUGGCUUCCCAGCUGGCAUGUUUUUUGUAAAGAGAACCCUUCAUCUACAUUGCAGUACUCUCCAGAUAAUUAUGCCCUGGCAAAUGAGGAUGAGAACAUCCAGGAAAAGGAGGAAACAGGCAGACCCAUUGGAACAGAGUCUUUAUUACAUGUGGACUCAAAUAUACACAGUUAUCCUGGAGAAACUGAUUUACUUGAUGACUGCACAAAAGAUGACCAGACUACAGAAAUGGGUGAAUUAAGUCUGCCUCAGGUUGAGACACUACCUUCAGUAGACUUAAAUGAAGCUUCUUCUAGCAUAGCUGCAAGCAUUGAAAACAUUUCCAGUUCAUCUACCUCAGAGAUCUCUCCAGUCUCGCAGCCUGAUGCAAUAGAAAAUUCCCGUGCUGAUAUCCCUGUAGUCAGCUCUAGUGAAGCUGAGCAGUCAGAACCUGACUGUGAUAUUGGUGGGGCACUUGAGGCUGACCCUCAGAGUGAGCCUUCCUCUUUUGUCAGUCCACCAGAGAGCCUUGUGGGUCAGCAUAUAGAGAACAUCUCUUCUUCACAUGGCAAGGGAAAGAUGACUAAAUCUGACUUUGAGUCAAAGGUUGCAGCAACUGAAAAUGGGCCAGAGAAGGCGAAAUCUGCUUUGAAUGCUUCAGAUAACUUGAAAAGGGAGAAGGACUAUAAAAAAGCAGGAGAAAUUGACCCUACAUCAGUAAUAACCCCAAAGGACCCAGGAGACAUUCCAACAUUUGAUGAGUGGAAGAAGAAAGUUAUGGAAGUAGAAAAAGAAAAAAGUCAAUCGAUGCACCCAUCCUCUAAUGGAGGACAGCAUGCCACAAAAAAGGUUCAGAAAAACAGAAAUAACUAUGCCUCGGUAGAGUGUGGUGCCAAAAUACUGGCUGCUAAUCCAGAAGCAAAGAGCACAUCAGCAAUUCUGAUAGAAAACAUGGACCUCUAUAUGCUAAAUCCAUGCAGUACUAAAAUCUGGUUUGUUAUUGAGCUCUGUGAACCAAUUCAAGUAAAGCAGCUUGACAUUGCGAAUCAUGAAUUAUUUUCAUCUACUCCUAAAGACUUCCUGGUGUCCAUUAGCGACAGGUACCCAACAAAUAAAUGGAUUAAAUUAGGUACUUUUCAUGCUAGAGAUGAGAGAAUUGUCCAAAGCUUUCCUUUGGAUGAACAGAUGUAUGCAAAAUACGUUAAGAUGUUCAUCAAGUACAUAAAGGUGGAGUUGGUAUCACAUUUUGGAUCAGAACACUUUUGUCCUCUAAGCCUUAUAAGGGUGUUUGGCACUAGUAUGGUUGAAGAAUAUGAAGAAAUUGCUGACUCCCAAUACCAAUCAGAACGACAAGAGCUAUUUGAUGAAGACUAUGAUUAUCCAUUGGAUUACAAUACAGGGGAAGAAAAAUCUUCAAAAAAUCUCCUUGGCUCUGCUACUAAUGCCAUUCUAAAUAUGGUGAAUAUUGCUGCUAAUAUACUUGGAGCAAAAACCGAAGAGAUUUCUGAAGCUGAAGGAAAUAACAGUAUGUCUGAAAAUACCACUGUUGCUGCUGCCACUGCCACUUCAACAGAUGCACCAAAACUGCCUGAACCAACCCUUCUUCCUUCACCAGAGCUUGUAACUACAGAGAUACCACAAGUAGAUAAGGAACAAUUAAUCAAGGAACAAUUAGUCCUGGAAUUAACAAAGGAGAGCCCCAUUGUUCAGCUAGUUCAAGAGUAUGAAGAGGAGGCAAGUCAGUCAACGGUGACCCUGCUGCCUAGUGAUGAACAAGAGGAAGAAACAUCAACAUGGUUUGAAUCUGAGACAGAAAUCUAUUGCUGUGAGCUGGUGACAGUUUGUUGUAUUUCUAGCUUUUCAGAAUAUCUCUAUAAGUGGUGUUCAGCUGCAGAAGCUGUUCAUCGGCAACGUAGCAAAACUUCUGAGAGCAAGCCAGGGGAUUACUCUGUUACCAUUCAGCAUUCACAGCCAGUUCCAACAGAAUCUUUACAUGUUUCAAUAGACGAGCCUCUGCCUGAGAAACUAGACAGUGAAAUUACAGGGAGAGUACCUGGAUCUACUAUUGCAAGUGACUUAAGCAGUGUACUCCAUGAGGAUAUCACUAACCAGACUAUAGAUUCUAUUGAAUUGGAACCCAGUCAUCCUCAGACUGUCUCUCAAUCUCUCCCCUUAGAAGUGACUUCUGAAAUUAAGCCAUUAUCUACAAUGGAGGUCUCCUUGGAGCCUACAAAACAUGAGGCAGCACAGUUAACUUCCCACAUAAUUCCCCAAGAGGAUACUGUUGAGAUACAUACUGAAGCAGAAAAGAGAGCUGAGAGUUCUGUUUCUGAGAAACAUUCUGUGGUCUCUGAAACAAACAUUGUCAGUGAAUUCAAGGAGAUCAGCACAAGAGAGACAGAUUCUGUCCAAAUCCUCUCAAAACCUACAGAGACUGUACCACAGCCUGAAUACACAAUGGCUACAGUAGGCAAUGAUGUUGGGGAAGCAAAAGUGAGUGCUUCAGAAAUGCAGAAGCAAGUACUGUCUCCUGUGGUAGAAUCUUCUGCAUCAACAGAAAUAAAAUAUGAUGAGCAAACAACUGAAGAAGCUUUUCUAGCUAUUCCUGUUUCUGGUGGACAGCAGAGAAUGGCUACAGACUUCUAUGCUGAAUUGCAGAAUUCCACAGAUCUAGGUUAUACUAAUGGAAAUCUUGUUCAUGGAUCUAAUCAAAAGGAGUCUGUAUUUAUGAGACUUAAUAAUCGUAUUAAAGCCCUGGAAGUAAACAUGUCUCUCAGCAGCCGCUAUUUAGAAGAACUUAGUCAAAGGUACCGAAAGCAAAUGGAAGAAAUGCAGAAGGCUUUCAAUAAGACUAUAGUAAAGCUUCAGAACACUUCAAGAAUAGCAGAAGAGCAGAUUUUUCAGGUGUCUGACCGACAAAGCUAUCUUGUGAUUUCUUUGGUUCUCAGUGUCAUCCUGGGUUUGAUGCUUUGUAUGCAGCGUUGCAGAAAUACAUCUCAGUUCAAUGAAGAUUACCUCUCAAAAAUCCCCAAAAGUAAUCACUACCCAAGCCCCAAAAGAUGUUUUUCCUCCUAUGAUGAUAUGAAUCUGAAAAGAAGAACUUCUUUUCCACUUGUCAGGUCCCAAUCUUUUCAACUAACUAGCAAAGAAGUGGAUCCAGAUGACUUCUACAUUGUAGAACCUCUGAAGUUUUCACCAGAAAAAAAGAAGAAACGUUGCAAAUAUAAAAGUGAAAAGAUUGAGACUAUCAAACCAGCAUCAGAGCCUCUGCAUCCAUUAGCCAAUGGGGAAAUAAAAGGAAGGAAACCCUUUACGAACCAGAGAGAUUUCUCUAAUAUUGGAGAGGUAUAUCACUCCUCAUAUAAGGGUCCUCCAUCUGAAGGAAGCUCAGAAACCUCAUCACAAUCUGAGGAAUCCUAUUUUUGUGGCAUUUCAGCAUGCACAACUCUGUGCAAUGGACAGACCCAAAAGACAAAAACUGAGAAGAGGGCUUUAAAACGAAGGCGGCCUAAGGUUCCAGACCAAGGGAAGUUCAUAAAAACUCUAAUACAGACUAAGACAGGAUCAAUGCCAAGCCUGCAUGACAUAAUCAAAGGAAACAAGGAUAUAACAGUAGGAACACUUGGUGUCACAGCAGUUUCUGGACAAAUCUAAAACUAGUCGAACUUCUCAUACAGGAGAUUUUUUGUUCAUCUGAGAACAGUCUGUAUCUUGUGGGAGAGUGGUGGGAGAAGAGAUGAACUAACUGGAAAGUAUUCAGAAAUUAUGGUUUCUGCCUCUUUUAAAUAGAUGGGAUUGUGUCAAUCUUGGUUAUGAGUUUCAGCUUUACAAGGCUGACGACUUCCUAUGUGGACAGCUUAGGGGUGGGAGGGAUCAUUUUAUAAAGCCUUUUUCACAAUUACUGGGGCAAAGAUUGUUGAAGCCCAGUUUGUUGGGUGGAAUAGGGAUAAAAGCUUAAUCCUCUUCCUUUAGCUUUGUUCCUAUUUCUUGCACCUUCCCGUAUUUAUGUGCCUUUUGUCUAUUUAUAAUGCCACUGGAAGAGGGAGAAAGAUAAAACUGUCAUUUGAUUUCUUUUGUAACUUCUCUCGCUUUUUUGAGGAUGCAACACUACAGUGCUGUAAAAGGACGUGUUGGCGUUCAGCUGGACUCAGUAAUGUGGGCUGGAUACUGUAGAAAUACUAACAUGGUAGACUUGCUGAUUUAGAUCUCUGUUUUGAAAACUCACUUGGGGAAAAUAUCUUGUUAGAAGGAAUUGUAAUGCCAUUAAUUGCAUUUUUAAUCAAUUUCAGAUGUGUAUUUUAUUUAGAUGCGUUAAAUUAAUGACAGCUGUACAGUAACACUCACUGUAUGUGAAGGAUCUCAUACUGACAAACAUGCCUUUGUUUCCCAGACUGACUUUUGGAAUUCUCUGUUACGAUAUUUAACCAAAAAGGAUUGAUUGCUUUAUUUUGGUCACUCUGUUUUCUGUUCUAAGAAUUUGGAAAUUGGGGACUAUCUACAAGGGGAAAUGUAAGGGUGACUAGGUACAGCUGAAGAUAUAACUAUCCUAACCAGUGCUGGGUACAAGUGCACAUGACAAAUGAAAGUGAGUUUGCCAAGCCUUGAAGUCUAACAGCUCAAGUCUAUUUAAAAGUGGAUAUUUCCAUAAAGUUUGCUUUUGUAUUGGCUAACACAUGUGCAGUGUGUGUGUGUGUGUGUGUGUGUGUGUGUGUGUGUUUUGGUACUUUCAUAUGAGUGUUUUUUUAUUUUGACCAUGAUUGUAUAUUUGGAUAAAAUAGAAUGUGUGACUGCAUAAAAUGUUGUGAAUGUGUAGCUGAGUGAAUGGGACAAAAGGUUAUUCCUUUUUGAGAGGAGUUAUAGGUUCAUGUUGUAAAACUAAGUUAACUUAUUAAGCACUUUUAGUGGUACCCUUUUUUAAACAGAUCGAAUGCCUUUUCUAGGUAUUGUAUGU